AAUGACAAAACUUUCCAAGUUUACUACUAAGUGGCGCUCUCAUCGUCGUAUAUUUCGAUUCUUAUACGCAGUUUUUUGUAAACUGUUAUAAGUACGAUAUAACAAUGAAUAUUACUACGAGACCAGUAAUAUCUUUAGUUAGACGUACGACUGUAGCGAGAUACAUAUCAACCAGCUAUAUCGAUUAUAAAGAUUUUGGAGAUAUAUUUCAUUUGGAAGGUCACGAACCAAAUAUACCUCCUUAUAUAGAGCGAGAAGGAGAAAAUGUUGAUCUUAAAAGAGCACGAUUGACUUACCAAUCUCGUAAACGUGGUAUGCUAGAAAACGGUCUUCUACUCAGUACUUUUGCUAAAAAAUAUUUGAAUAAUUUUAAUGAUUCUCAAUUAAAAUUGUAUGAUCGUCUUAUUAAUUUACCAUCAAAUGACUGGGAUAUAUUUUAUUGGGCUACAAAUGCUAAACCUACACCACCUGAAUUUGAUAAUGAAGUUAUGGAUUUAUUGAAAAAACAUAUAAAAAAUGAAAAUAAGCAAGCUAGGAUAAUGCAGCCUGACUUAUAAAAAUGUAUUGUCAUUGAUAUAUAGUCAAUUUAUAAGCUUAAAACUUCUAGUACUUAAUUUAGGUUAUCAUAAUUUUUUUUGACAAAAUAAAAAUAAAUGUGAAAAAUAAAUAUAUUUAAACUAUU